AUGGCGGACUUCCUUAUGAAGGACAGCAGUACAAAUUGCCCAAUUGAGCAAGAUAAUUCGCAAGACGCUAGCUCAGAAUCACAGAAUAUUGACCCUAAAGUAGACCAGGAAAACAUGGACGCGAGAAUGGAGAGUGCAAGAAAUUAUGCGGAGUCUGUGACUGUUUGGUCACCACCAAAUACCCCGCCAAAUAAAUUUGCCUUUCCACGUUUCCCAUCGUUGAGUCCACACUACCUUCAUCAGCUAAGCGACGUCGACGCGAAAGAAGCGAAGGUGACUCCACCAAGAGGCCGACCGAAAGCCGAGAUGAUAAAUUAUUUGAUUGUCGAAGGAGCUCAGUCUCGCUCGCCGAUACGUUGUGAUAUUUGUGGUCGUGUUUUCCCGCGCGAGAAAUCACUACAAGCACACAAACGAACACAUAGUGGAGACCGUCCGUACACGUGUGAUUUUCCCAACUGUGAUAAAGCUUUCGUUCAAAGUGGCCAGUUAAAAACCCACCAAAGAUUACAUACUGGCGAGAAACCUUUUAUCUGUGCUGUAGAAGGAUGCGAAUCACGAUUUACUCACGCAAACCGCCAUUGUCCAACUCAUCCUAAAGCUGGUCUCGUACGCAAGGAUUCCGAAGUCAUUCCUUUGAAGAGAACCUUACUCAGCGAAAUCCAAAACAAGGAACCAAAUGAACACACCAAAGACGUGCUAAUGUGGUUAAAUAAAUACGAGCGGGAAAGGCAAAACAAAAGCCCGGGUGCUUUAAAGUCCAAGAAGGAAUCGCGACGUGAAUUAGACCGUGAUCGGGAAAGAAACCAACUCGGCAUUUCUGAACGAAGGAGGGCAAGAGUGGAGGCUAAAAAGAGAAUAGUUGAACAGAAAGAACGUUGGAUUGGUGCUCUAGCACUUGUUGAACUUGCAGAACUCACGGCAAAUACAAUGCCUGUUAAUAAAUCAUUGAACUUUCAUUUCCCUCGUCAGGAUAUGAACCACGUGGAAUUAUAA